AUGGGACGCAUAAAAGGCCCGGACGGCAACCUUACAAGCUCCCAGGCAGGUCCCAUGGACGAUUACCUGCAGGCUCUGGCAACCGCAUCCCGCGAGCAGGCAGGCACAACAAUGGCCGACUCGCCGCACCACGUGCGACCCCCAGAGACAGCAGGCCCCACACUAACAGACAUCAGCGCGGAUAUCAGAGCGCUGGCCGCACAAAUGGUCACGAAAACGGACCUCCAAGCUCUGUCAGAUGACCUACACGCGGCGAUCCGCCAAGAGGUAACAGUCCUGAGGGCUGAAAUGACUGCGCACAGCGGCAGGCUCCAAACACUGGAGGGGAAUAUGCAGGAGGCUAUGGGGAGAAUGGGAACCACAACCACAGCGGUCACCAGACAGGGAAACAUGUUGCUAGCCCUACGACGGCAAACAGAACAUCUGGACAAUAGAGGCCGCCGCUCAAACAUCCGAGUGCACGGCCUACCUGAACCACAGGCAGAGGAAGAUAUUGAGACCACGCUGAAGGCCCUCUUCCAGGCCAUCUUAGGGGAAGACUUACCUGCCGACCUGACGUUUGACCGGGCCCACAGGGCAAACAGGCCCAGGAUACCAGAUGGCACACCACGGGACGCCAUAUGCUGCCUCCACCACUAUAAGCACAAGGAGCGGAUAAUGCAGAAAGCCCGCACGAGACCGCUAUGGAGAUUCCGUGGAGCUGAUGUGUCCUUGUUCCGGGAUCUGUCACCGCUCACGCUAGAAGCACACAGGGCCCGUCACAUCCCUUCUCAGAGAGAGAAAUAUCCCCUACAAGUGGGGAUUUCCCUUUGCCCUACUCGCAAGACACCAGAACGAAUGGGUAUCUCUGCGCUGGCCGGAGGAAAGCCCGGGAUUCCUACACCGCCUGGAACUACCGCCCACGGAGAUAACGGACUGGGUCCUCGGACCGCUAGAGCAACGGCCAAGACCUCAAACACCGAGACCACAGCGACGCCGCGGAAGUGA